AUGAACUAUGAAACUCGCGUAUUCUUCAAGCUGCCGGCGAAUCACUCCCUGGCUCCUUCUCUCACCCAUAGAGAGAUGGCACAACUCGUUGGUCAAGGGAUCCAAGGAGGAAUUGAUCCAUUGUCAUCAGAGUUUCCAGAAAAACGCACUGACAACUACCUAGUCAUUGGAGGAUUAUUCGGCGGUUUGGUUGGAGUAAAGCUCCGAAAUCAAAGAGAAAGAUCGUCCUCCAGCAAACUAGAGGUCAAAACAUGUAUUUCAAGGCCGAUAACCAAGGAAGAACUCAAAGAAGAGAAAUCCGGGACCGAAGCCCUCCCUGUAAGUGCGCCUUCUUUGGCUGCCUGGGACAAGGUCUCGACCAAGAUCAAGGGCUCUGUCGACGAUAAUCUCGACAAGGUCUCUAAGCUCAUACUGUUGGGUGGAAGGGGGCGCUCCGAUGUAGGGACCCAUGCCGCCAAAAAAUUGGUUUUCAACCCUCAAAACAACAAGUUGGUUCAGAUUGUCUUGGCAAAAAAGAGAAUUCAAGGCUUUGGAGACUCUUUUGCGUUUGAGGAAACCGACGUCCAAGUUUCCCUGAUAAAUGGGCCGUCCAAUCUACAAAGAUCAGGUAUUGAGACCUGGCGGAGCUGGGCUUUUGAGGGUGGAUCACACGAUUCACUAGAGCCCAUAGCAGAAAACUGGGAGGCUAUUUUCAAGAAGGCAGUCUCUAGCAUGCAUUCGACAAAUGCCCCUUCCACGGAUAAUGAUGUUCCAAUGAUGCUGGAUAGCUUUCGCGUUGCUUCAUACCCGGAAUUUGUGCAGUCUAUACACCUGGAUCGACUACAACAAUCAAAGAAUCUUCAAUCGCGGGAGGGACUUCACCGCGCAGAGCCGCAUAUCAGAGGUCGGACAGUGGCCCAUGGACUCUCUGCGGACGGCGUUCUUUUGGUCAGUGAAGGUCAACGUGGCCUCGGUGAGGCAAGCAUGGUUGAAUCGACCUGUAGACUGUGA